CAGCUCACUGAUCACCUUCGGUUUCCUCCCUUGGAUCAACAUUACUUGAAGAGUUAUUUCUGCAUUUCUACCUAGACUUAUACCUUUAGCUCUUAAAUUCACUAGUUUCCGAAACGGGGAAAAGUCAGUUUGCGUUUCGCAAUUUUUGGAGCAACCAUGGGUUGCUGCUGUGGAAAGACGAAGACGAAGAAGAAGUAUGAAACUAAGGGUGAGUCUGGCAGAAACUUGCCGCCAAACAACGGCCAAGCGAAUGAUACGGAAGCCCAGAAACGUGUCUCCGCUCCAGCAGAGAGUGUGAAUUUCCACCAGCCGUCUUCUAUUAUGUCCAGUCAUUCGAUGAUGCAGCCGUCCAAAGGCAUAACAGUGUUUGUCGCUCUGUAUGAUUACGAUGCGCGUACCAACGAGGACCUGAGCUUCAGGAAAGCCGAACGUCUUCAAGUAAUUGACAACACGGAUAGCGACUGGUGGCUGGCCAAGUCUCUAACCACUCACAAAGAAGGCUAUAUCCCAAGCAAUUAUGUGGCACCUGAACUAAGUGUGAACGCCCAGGACUGGUUCUUUGGCAAGAUAAAACGUGCAGAUGCUGAAAAGAAGCUUCUGGCCCCUGGAAGUCCAUCUGGCACUUAUCUUAUCCGUGACUCGGAGACCAUGCCUGGUAAUUAUUCAUUGUCCAUCAGAGAUGGAGAUAGUGUCAGACACUACCGUAUACGCAAGUUGGACAAUGGAGGCUAUUAUAUCACUACGCGGGCACCUUUUGCAAGCCUUUCAGAGCUAGUUGAGCACUACAGUGAGGAUGCAGAUGGCCUGUGUUGCAAACUGGCUUAUCCAUGCCGUGCAGAAAAGCCUGUCACUUCUGGCCUCUCUUAUAACACUAAAGAUGCUUGGGAAAUUUCUCGUGAGUCCCUGAGAUUGACCAAAAGACUGGGUGCAGGACAGUUUGGUGAAGUGUGGGCUGGAGUCUGGAAUGGAACGACACACGUUGCUGUUAAAACACUUAAGACAGGAACCAUGUCACCUCAGGCAUUUUUAGCAGAAGCGGCAAUAAUGAAGAAACUGAGACAUACAAAUCUUAUACAGCUUUAUGCAGUUUGCACAAACGAGGAACCGAUCUACAUUGUAACAGAGUUAAUGAAGCAUGGAAGCUUGUUAGAUUAUUUGAAAGGAGACGGCAAGAGUCUGAAAUUGCCAGAACUGAUUGACAUGGGGGCACAGGUGGCGGCUGGUAUGGCAUACUUAGAAAGGAUGAAUUACAUCCACCGUGAUUUAGCAGCAAGAAACAUCUUGGUCGGAGAUGAAAAUGUCUGCAAAGUUGCUGAUUUUGGUCUGGCAAGGUUGAUCGAAGAUGAUGAGUAUAACCCCCAUCAAGGAGCUAAGUUUCCCAUAAAAUGGACUGCUCCUGAAGCUGCACUGUACAACAAAUUCACCAUCAAAUCAGACGUGUGGUCGUUUGGAAUUUUGCUGGUCGAAUUGGUAACACAUGGUCGUGUUCCUUACCCAGGCAUGACAAAUGCCGAAGUGUUAGCCCAAGUGGAACGUGGCUACAGAAUGCCCAAGCCCAUGGAUACCCCUGAUGCACUCUACGGCAUUAUGUUGGAAUGCUGGAAGAAGAAUGAAUGGGAAAGACCAACAUUUGAUUACCUUCAAUCCCUGUUGGAAGACUACUUUGUUUCAACGGAGCCUAAUUAUAAGAAGCUGGAUCCAUAAUCUCUUGAAUGCAAGAUCAGUCUUCUACAGAAAAUGACAGACAGUAGAGAAGUACCUUCAGAACACUAUUUUUACAUUGUUGUACUUUUUAGCAAAGUAUUCAAAUUAUAACUCACAAUUUCUCAGUGCAUGUCACAAGGAAUAAGCAUUUUAGCUUAUAGGAAGAAAUUUUAUAAUAACAUUACCCAGAGUGUUAAUGACACUAGGCAAACUAAAGAAUAAUUUAUUAGAGUUGCUUCAUUCAUUAGAAGUGUACUAGCUUUUCUUUCAAUGAUAAACUGUUUUUGAUACAGUAAAAUUCAGCUUUGGCAGCAAGGCCUAGAGGACUUGAAUGAAGGAAAUUGAAUGAGUGUGUUUGUUCAUUUCCCUUGUUUAUACCUCUAGACCUCUCUAUCAAGUGGAAUUUUAAUAUAUCGCAAAAAGCCUACUGAGGCUCACAACUUACUCAUUUUUGCUAUUUAUUCAUUAAAUUACAAGUUAUGUUGAACCAACAACUGUUGAUAUGUUCACGGCCUUGUACAUCUACUGGCACAAAGAGCAGUGAUGAUGAUGAUGAUGAUGAUGAUGAUGAUUUCGUGAUAUGUUCAUCUGCACUACUGGGAUGAGGAUCUUGUCCAGUUCUUAUGGACUGGUUACAAGUUUGAACGCUCAAAUUUGGUUUGUCAUUCAUGAAUACAGCCUCCUUUUUUUCAUGCACUGCUGCUAUGGUGAUGAUUGAUUCCAUCUUAGUUCACAGGCUAGCUUAUGUGUAGUUUGUUGUACAUUUUAGCAAUUUAACUCCCUUAGUGAAAUCUCUGUUUUAAUAAACAGGCACAUGCCUGACUUUUAGUACAGCAUGGAAUACAUACAUGUACUUGUUAUGUAUCUUGGAUUUCAGUAUAGAUAGGUGUCACUUUCUGGGAGGCUGUCGUCAAAUAUUCUAAGGGACAAGAUACCUGGAGCAACCUUAACAUUUCACUGCCUAAGAGUCGAAAAAUUCCCAAAAUGAAUAGGGUCAUGAGAAAUUACUUUUCUGUGUCUUUUAUGGAGUAGUAAAACUUAACGAUCUCAACGGCAGCAUCAAAAUUUAGAAUCAUAGUGGAGGGAAGUGGUUACAGUGACGAAUUUAGCAAAAACUGCAUAAACAUGAUCCAAGAUAAGUAAGCUUUUAAAUGUUUAACUCAAAUUUAUGGCAAUUUAGUGGCAUUUGUGGAUUAUUAUUAAUUUUGGUGUGCUGUACUGGUAUUCUUUUCAUUAUCUUUAUCUUGGACUGUUGAUUAGUGGGGCAGUGUUGUUCUACUGCUGGAAAUCUCUGCAGCUUUUGCAAUAUCAUUAGAAAGAACCUAAACUGUUUAAUUGAAAGCUAGCAUUCACCCAAGUUGGAUGAAAUAUUACAAAGGCGACCACGUAGUUUAUUGAACUGUGAUACUAUGAAGUUAUUGACUGUAAAUACAUGUGCGACUACUGAGAUGAUUGCAAUGUAAUGUGUGUUUUCUCCCAGUAGCUGAGUUAAAAUGCAGCCAGUUUUAUUUACCUACCCACCUUGUUUCAUGGAUUUUGUGUAGUUAGUGGUAGCUGCAGCAGCAAGAGUGACAUUUUUGUAGAAUUAGGCAUAAAAAUCCAUACUUUAACACCUUGAGUGCUAAUAACUCCUUAAGUCCUUUCCUAAAUAAACCGAUUUAUUGAAUGUUCAUUUGUAUACAUUGUAAAUAAUGUCAUAAAAGUUUUUUUUUUUCCAUUUAUUUCCAUAUGAGGAAUAAUACCUUGUACACCAAUCAUUGCUAUUUUGUUUAAUUGUGUUAUUUACAGUAGGAAAAUAUAUAUUUUUUCUUUUUUAAUUAACUUCAUCAAGUUUUUGUCAUAGUGAUUUUCUUUUCAAUGGCUAAAACAGUCCAUGUACAGUACAGUAUGUUAUAAAAUCUAUUCUUGAUUUUCUGCCAUAUUCUCAGAACUAAAAUCCAAUGAAAGUGUACAAUGUAGAAGUUAAGUAAGGAUAACUGAUGUUUUGAAUAUAUGACAGAAAUGACUCUGUAUAUAUUGUUACUCAGUGGCAUAGAGGUCUAGUUUUAAGGUAGCUCCCUAUAGUUCUAUGAUUGCAUGCGCGCAUGAAACAAAUCUGCGUGUGCUUGAAGGAAAACGUAAGUUUUUUUUUAUUAUUUUUAUGACCUCAACAUGAGCACAAAAAGCAAAACUGACUGUGAAUUUUCUAACGUUUUCUUCAGUGAAUUUUUUUAAAAUUUGGCUCGGUUGUAACCACACACACUUCCUAUAAAACACCCUGUUUUUGUU